AUAUUCCGAAGGUUUCUUCUCUUCAGAACGAAAACCUCGAACUUCAGGAGAGUUUACAGCUCAGUUUAAUCGCUCUUCAAACGCCGGAGAUCUGCGGCGGCGUCUGCUUCCGUCCACCGUCAUCUCCGAUUUUGAAUCUCACUUUCUCUUUCUCCUCCAUUUUUCUCCCUCUAGGGUUUUGUGCUAUUAGAUUACAGCGCUUCGGAUCGUUGGAUCUCUCGCAUAUUUCUAAUUUUCUCUUUCAGAUAUUUGAAAAAAAAUCCUCUGGAUUAUUUGUAUGAUAGUUUGGAAAGUUAUUAUCAUCAGUUUUAGAGCUUCCUUUUAGCUUUUCGUGUUUGUUUCUUCCCUAACUUUCCGAUGGUUCCUUAGAUUUUUUUGCCUUCUCUUGUUAUUGAUUUUGAUUCUGAUUCCGAAUUCAUUUCUCGAGUUUUUUCUUAUCUGGUUCCGAAUUUCGAAUUGCAAAAAAAGCAACUAUUACGCUUGGAAAUCGAAGAAGGAUUCAACAGUCUUCCGACGAGUAACUGGAUUUUGAUCGUUUGAGUGUGGCGGAAUUCGAAGAAGAUUGAAAUGCAGAGGCAAUGAGGGAUGGGGGUGGGAGUAGUAUGAAGUCGAAAGAACAACAAAGGUCUGAGUUGAGGAAAUGUAGAGGCAACGAUUUAGGUCGAGAGGUGUCCAGAAUUGCUGUGACGCAGAUGUGUAACAUCGCAGGGUUUCAGAGCUUCAAAGAGUCUGCUACGGACGCACUCGCUGACAUUGCCAUCAAAUACCUUUGCCAUUUGGGGAGGAUAGCAGCUUUCUAUGCCAAUUUAGCUGGUAGAACUGAGUGCAAUGUGUUUGAUAUAAUUAGAGGGAUCGAAGAGUUGGAAUCAUCACAGGGGUUUCAGGGCGCUUGGGAACCAAAUCAUUGUCUUACCAAUUCGGGGUCAGUGAAGAGCAUUGUUCGCUAUGUAAAUUCAGUUGAUGAGAUCCCUUUUGCUCAUCCACUACCACGUUUCCCGGUGAUCAGAAACAGGGAGCCAAUUCCAAGCUUUGUUCAGAUUGGUGAAGCCCCACCUAGCAAACAUAUUCCCAGUUGGUUGCCAGCAUUCCCUGAUGCUCAUACUUACAAUCAUUCAGCUUUGUGGAGGAGGAAGCCGAGGGAGCCACGCGCCGAGAAGAUAGAGCUUGCGAGGCAGCGGAGGAAGGCAGAGAAGUCUCUAUUGGGUUUGCAGAAGAGAUUGGUUUCCUGUGGUUCAGAAAGAAGUGGCAAUGGCAAGAUUGAGUUUUCAGGAGGUGAAAGUAAUUCAUUCCUUGGGUCAUGUUUGCAAGAGAUGGAAGAUGGGGUGGGAUUUCCUUCUGAAACUUCAAUUGGCAAGGAUGGGAUUAGCCAUUUGUCUGUGCCAGAGGUGUUUGCUCCUGCCAUUGAGGUGAUUAAAGGUCGUGGCUUUCCUAACAGUCGGGACGACGAGGCGAACAUUCUUCCUCGUGCGAGGCCCCUUGUUCAUUUCAAGUUAGAAACUAGCAGAACAUUUCUUGGAGGAUCUAUGAAUUUGAAUGCUAAAGUGACAGGAAUUAGGGAAUCUGUGUUCUGGGUCAGACGAGAUGAUGAAAGAGAUCAAAAGCACAAUAAAGAAAGAGAUGAAAAGAAGAGGAGAGUUGAAUACAUUCUCAGACAUUCUAUAGACAAGCCAGAAGAACUCAACCAAUCAUAAUCCAACAGCGGGAACAUGUUUGUUGCCAUUGCUGUUGCUUGCUUCAUUGUUAAAGCCCUGUCUAAGCUCACCACUUUUCCUCUUCAAUAUUGCAAUAACAGAUGUGUCUAUAGUGAUCUAAACUUGUACAAUGAAUUUCUCUCUCCUUUUCUUGUUUC